AUGGGACAAGUUGACAAUCUUUCUGUAUCUUCAAAUGAACCGAUGUUCAAAUCGGUUUUAAUUGCCAAUCGAGGUGAGAUUGCAGUACGUAUCGCUCGUACUCUUCGUAGCAUGGGCAUUCGCAGCGUCGCCAUAUAUUCCGAAGUUGAUCGCUAUUCGGCACAUGUGACUGCAGCUGAUUCUGCUGUUGCACUUAAAGGCAACACGCCUGCUGAAACCUAUCUUCGUGGUGAUUUGAUUAUUGCUACGGCAAAAUCGCAGAAUGUUGAAGCAAUUAUUCCUGGUUAUGGAUUUCUUUCCGAAAAUGUCGAUUUUGCUGUUCAAUGCGAAGCUGCUGGUAUUUGUUUCAUUGGACCCACACCAGAACAACUUCGUCAAUUCGGUCUCAAGCAUAUUGCAUAUGAGGCAGCAGCCAAUGCCGAUUUACCGCUUCUACCUCAUUCCGAAUUACUCGCUGAUGUUGAAGAGGCCAAGCUAAAAGCGCAAACUAUUGGCUACCCAGUUAUGCUGAAAAGUACAGCCGGGUCAGGUGGUAUGGCAAUGGAGCGAUGCAAUGAUGAAAAUCAUCUGGUCGAUGUGUUUUCAAAAGUAAAACGUGCAGCUGCAAAACUCUAUAGCGAUGAUGGUGUUUAUCUCGAACACUGCAUCGAUGAUGCCCGUCACAUUGAAGUGCAAAUAUUUGGUGACGGACAUGGUCAUGUGAUAGCACUUAAUGAACGGGACUGUUCUUUGCAACGUCGUCAUCAGAAGAUCGUUGAGGAAACACCACCACCUAAUCUAUCCGAUAAUGUACGUGCUCGUCUUCGAGAUGCGGCUAUUCGACUAGGCACGUCGGUAAAAUAUCGUUCAGCAGGCACCGUUGAAUUCGUUUACGAUCGUACAUGUAAUGAAUUCUACUUUCUUGAAGUGAACUGUCGCUUACAGGUGGAACAUCCAGUAACCGAGGCGACACAUGGCAUCGAUCUUAUCGAGUGGAUGGUUAGUUUAGCCGCUGAAGAACCGCCACGUGCUCUCUAUAGUCCACCGACGCCAGAAGGAGUAGCCAUUGAAGUGCGAAUUUGUAGUGAAGAUCCUUUACGUAACUUCCAUCCAUCAUCUGGCACACUUAGCCAGUAUCAACCAAAUGCUGUAGAAGUGUUAACAGCAGGAACCUACACAACUAUCCAAGACUAUCCCGGUCGUGUUGGUCAUUGGGACGCGGGUGUGCCACCAUCAGGUCCCAUGGAUGACUAUGCUUUUCGUUUGGCUAAUCGUUUAGUCGGCAACGCCGAGAAUGCCGCAGGACUUGAAUGUACACUUGUAGGACCAUCAUUGCGCUUUCACAUCUCUACCAUCAUUGCUAUUACCGGCGCAACAAUGAACGCAGUGUUAGAUGGCACAUCCGUCGACUCGUGGAAACCAAUACCUGUGCAAGCUGGUCAAAUAUUAAAACUAGAGCGGUCUACAUCCGGCUGCCGCACGUAUAUCGCUGUUCGAGGCGGCUUCGAUGUACCCAUCUACCUCGACAGUCGCUCGACAUUUGUUCUCGGAAAAUUCGGUGGCUACGCAGGACGGAUACUAAAAUCCGGUGAUAUGCUUUUUAUUGAUAAAUGUAUUAGUGACUCAAUACCAUCUAGCAUAUCAGAUGCUCUCAUUCCUCAUUAUCCAGCAGAAGACGAGGAAUGGCAGGUGGGUGUGUUGUAUGGACCACAUGGUGCACCCGAUUUUUUUAUGUCUGACUAUAUUGAUCAAUUUUUUGCUACUAUUUGGCAAGUACAUCAUAACUCGAAUCGUCUCGGCGUGCGUUUGUUAGGACCCAAGCCAACUUGGUCUCGAUCGAAUGGUGGUGAAGCAGGUCUGCAUCCUUCUAACAUUCAUGACUGUGAAUAUGCUGUGGGUAGUAUUAACUUUACUGGCGAUACACCCAUCAUUCUUACUCAAGACGGACCGAGUUUAGGCGGCUUUGUUUGUCCAGUGACGAUUGCCAAAGCAGAACUUUGGAAAAUUGGUCAAAUGAAGCCUAAUGAUCGAAUUCGUUUUUUCCCGAUUACUUUUGACCAAGCAUUGACAAUGGAACAUGAUCAAGACAAAUCGUUGGCAACAUUGACAUCGUCCACUACUUAUAUUCCAUUAUCACUAUUAUCAUCAUCUGCAUCCACAACAUUCGAAUGUAUACUUGCUCAACUACCAGAAACAGCUACACGACCAACAGUCGUCUAUCGACAAGCAGGUGAUCAUUACAUUCUCAUUGAAUAUGGUGCCAUGCAGCUUGAUCUACGUUAUCGAUUUCGUGUCCAUCUACUGAUGGAAGAAUUACGUGAUCAUCAUCCAGUUAAUGGUAUACUAGAGUUAGCACCUGGUGUUCGUUCACUUCAAAUCCGAUACGACAGUCGAGUGAUUCAUCAACAGCAACUCAUAGUCGCAUUGCUUGCUGCUGAAGAUCGUUUGCCCACUGAAGAGAGUGAUAUAUGCGUCAAGAGUCGCAUUGUCUAUUUGCCACUUGCUAUUGAAGACUCAGCUACACUCGAUGCUGUGAAGCGUUAUCGAGAGACGGUGAAAGAAUCGGCACCCUGGCUGCCUAAUAAUGUCGACUUCAUCCAGCGUAUUAAUGGACUCCCUUCAAGAGAUGAUGUACGACGGAUUGUGUUCGACGCUUCGUAUCUGGUACUCGGUCUCGGUGACGUUUACCUUGGAGCACCCUGUGCAGUACCGAUCGAUCCACGUCAUCGACUACUUACUUCCAAAUAUAAUCCAGCGCGCACAUUUACUGCUGAAGGUACCGUAGGCAUCGGUGGAGUUUACAUGUGUAUUUACGGUAUGGAUUCACCAGGUGGUUAUCAAUUGAUUGGCCGUACAUUGCCUAUCUGGAACACAUUUGUCAAUAAUACAGCUUUUGAAGAUGGUCAUCCGUGGCUCCUUCGUUUCUUUGACCAAGUUCGUUUCUAUCCUGUUGAAGAGAAGGAACUUUCCAUCCAGCGUGAUGCAUUUCGUCAAGGACGUUUGAGCGUGCGUAUCGUUCAAGACAAUGUAUUCAAUUUAGGUGAAUACAACGCCUUCCUCAAACGUGAAUCGGAAAGUAUUGCCAAUUUUACUGCAAAGCAAGCAGCUGCCUUCGCCGAAGAAGUGUCACACUGGCAACUCGAUGAUUCUCGCGACAGAAAAUACACUGUAACGAACGGUCAUGACAUCGCAGAGACUCAGCAAGUCAUUGAUGGACAAGUAAACGUGAUUGCUGAUAUUUGUGGUAGUGUAUGGAAAAUACUGGUGGAAGAAGAGGGGAUGGUGGAAAUGAACGCACCCGUUAUCACACUCGAAGCGAUGAAAAUGGAACUUACUGUUCGUUCUCCAAUUGCUGGUCGCGUGUGUUCGGUGUUGUGCCAUACUGGUCAGUUGGUGGCUGCUGGAGAUGUUCUUUUACGAAUUGAACCUGUUGAACAAUGA